AUGUCACACUCUGCCGUGCAACCCAAAAGCAAGCCGCAGCGGUUGAAACUCAUUACCUCAUACGGCCCUGUUUACCGCGAGAUCAAGUCAACCGAAGCCCGUGACGCUCGGCCCGGAGAAAUCCCAGUCAUAGACGUCUCUGCAAUCUUUGGAGAUGAUCUUGAUUCGAAGAAGAAGCUAGCGCGGGAAAUUGCUUCGGUGGCCGAAGAUACGGGAUUCUUCCACAUCAAGAACCAUGGGAUUCCUGAGUCGGCAAUCAAAGCUGCUCUCUCGUCCAGCACAUCUUUCUUUCAGCAGCCGGAAGAGCUAAAACGGCAGGUUCAUGCAUCGCAAUCCAGGUUCCUAAACGGAUGGAGUGACUCCGGAAGCGCCCACUCUUCCGACGAAGAAACUCCGGCAGAGACGUGUGAAUACUUCUCGCACAAGUACGACCCUCAUUACGACCCUACGGUCAGAGACCUCGACGCCAUUCCGUAUGACUUCAGGCGUUGCUUCAAGGGUGAGGAGUGGUACUGGGAGAGGACUUCACACAUACCCGGCUUCAAGGAAAACCUCAUCGAGUACUGGCAAGCAGAGUUGGCGUUGGCAAGACGCUUGACCGGCAUCUUCGCGCUGGCGUUAGACUUACCGGAGGACUAUUUCGGGGAGAAGACGCUAUACCCGGAUGCAGCCAUCACACUGAACUAUUGUCGCACUGCCCAGCAGUCAGACUCCCCGGGUCGGAGUGAUUCCCAGCGUUCAACAUCAGAACCUUCAUCAGCUGCCGAAACGCUGCAGAGGACCGGGCCGGACACGCUGAGCAUUGGGACCCAUACAGACCUUCAGCUGUUCACAAUCCUCUGGCAGGACUACCAAGGUGGGCUCCAAGUGCUGACCAGCCACGGAGAAUGGAUCAAUGUGAAGCCGGUGGAAGGGGCUUUAGGUGUCAACAUUGCCGAUUUUCUGAUGCGGAUCACGAAUGAUCGCUGGAAGAGUACGGUGCACCGCAUCAAGCAUGACAAUUCUGCGGACAGAUACUCAAUGUCCUUCUUCUUUGGUUUCAAUCUCAACGAGACUUGCGGCGUGCUGCCAAGCUGUGUGGACGAGCAGAACCCCGCAAAGUACGAUCCGAUAUCGUGCGAAGAAAUGGUGCGGCAGCGCUUCCAAGCGGCUGCAGACCGUAGUUAG